AUGGCGUCGCUUGAAGAACCGUUGAGGACGGGAGAGAUUUCUCCUCGAUUUGAUAAAUUUUUAAAAGAUGUCGUCGAUCAUCUGAGCCCAGAAGAGCUUGAAUAUGCUGUAUCGUCUAUCAAAACGAAUUUUGAGAUUGGAAAGUUCGGGGAUAAAGGAGAUCAGGAUUUAUAUUCGUGCCUGCGUCUUUUUGCAAAUCAGGGUCUUGUGUCGGAGGACAAUUUGACUUUGUUGGAGAAAUUUGUAGUCACCCCACAAACAUCUAAGAAGGCGGAAAUCGAGGAAAAGAUGGAAGCUUUUAAGGCAAUCCGCUUGCAAGAGUUUAAAGAGUCAAAGGCAGCGACAUCAAGGGAAUUAACGGGAAGACACAGCGACUUAAAAAAUGUUAUGUCGAAGUUAACAACUGGUGGAUCAAGUGUCGUAAAUCUUUACGGAGCCAGUGGUGUCGGGAAGACAAGACUUGCAAAUGAAGUGCUAUAUAAGUGGCAAGGAACGCAAACGAAUAAAUUUAACGUGGACUUGAGAGAAAUAGACAAAAUGGAAGACGUUCACUUCCACCUUUUACAGGUGCUUUCAACCGAAUCGGAGGAGACAACAGUGAGCUAUGAAGCAAAUCCUGUUAUUUUGAAAAUGAUGCAGCUGAGACAACGGGAACAAGGGAACAUUUUGCUGCUUUUCGAUAACGUUGAUCAAUUUUCAGGUGGAAAAGAUGAGGCUGCCGUUAGACGAAAUACUAAUUUUGUCUCAUUUCUCCAACGACUCACCAGUGACAAAACUGGGGGAGAGAAAUCGUCAUUGAAGAUUCUGUUGACAUCUAGAAGUGCAUUCCGUCACGGUGUGGAAAAUUACGAAGUGAGAGGUUUGGAAAGGGUCUCUUCGUGGGAGCUCCUUCAAAGGCAAGGGACACCUGCUAUUCAAGGGGGCCAGAGAGAGCGAUUAGUUGAGAUGUGCAGCGGGAAGCCACUAUUGCUCAAUGGCAUGGCAUCAAUUUUAAGGCAGGAAACGGAUGCAGAAAGACUCCUUGGAACCAUUGAGCAGGAGUUAGCGGUGGAACAGUCCCAAGACACUGGGAAAGAACAGACUGAAAAGGAGGACAUGUUUGAUGUUAACGACGAAGGUAUCGAUGAGAAACAGCUGUCAUGUUUGAGGAAAAUGUUCUUUUUCCUUCCAAGUAAAACACUUAAAGAGUCUGCCGUUUCAGUGUCACUCUUCUGCCGCCCAUUUUCAUUGGAAGCAGCAGCUGAGAUACUUGGAGUAAACGUUUCGGAAGCUGCAAUAAGAAUGGAAGGAAUGCGUAACAGUCAAGUGGUCUUCCUUGUUCCAGAGUCAAAAGAACUGCUGUAUGACAUACAUCCCUUGAUGCGAAAGUUUCUUAAAAGCAUUGGCAAUAGCAAGGCUUUCGUGGAAGCUUACCAAAAAGCAGAAGACAACUUUUGCAAGCAUUUCGUUCCUCAGUUGAUAACAAUUGCAGCCCUUUUGGACAAAGACUACGUAAAAGCUUUUGACAGCUUUGAUUUCCAAAAACCCAACUUUGAACUUGCUCUAGAUAUUUCUAUGAAGUCCAACUACCUUCUAAUUUCUCAAAAACACCGGGAAAGCGUCUUGGUUUGUUAUUUAUUUGAAGCCAUGAUCAGUGAUCAGAGGCGAAGAAGAAAGAUUUUUCACACCUGGGCUGAAAAGAUUGAGGAAGAUGGAAAGGAAGGUAAGGAUAUACUAUUUUUCGUUGUUCAGUAUGCUAUCGCGAGCAGUUUCCAAUUUAAGAACAAACUAUUACCAAAAGCACCGGCUCAACAGAUGAACAAGCUGGUGAAAUAUAACAGCAGACAUAUGAAUUGAUUUUCCCAAGUGUGAGCAAUGGUGAGCUAGUUUUCCCGAAUAUAGUGCACACCAUAAAACUUGGCCAUGUCGACCCGGAGUUUAGAGUCUUACAGUCAACUCUCUCCAAGACGCGGGACACCUUUCGGACCUGCGCAAUGUGUUCGUUUUAUAUCAUAGAUUGUAAGCUAAAAGAAGUAAAGAAAGGCAAGGACCAACCCUAGGUGUCUGUUUUUGAGAGAGGGAGAGAGAGUCGAACUUCUUCCUAACCGUCCCAAGCCGGGCAAUUUUUCGCAGUGUUUCCUGAUGUACGAGAGUUUUAGGGUUUGGCAAUACGACGCCACUCCUAGUGGAUUCUUACUAAUACAAACCCUUCCGUUAAAUUUCAAGUAACACCAAAUCUUGUAUACACGAUCUGCCCCUCUUAAGAGAACUGAAGAUGUUGGAACAACGGUACAUACUUCACAUGUUCUCCUUAGUGUCCACGUCAGGUCCAGAUAAGAGUACCCCUAUUUGGUUUCUUGGUCCAGAUAAAAGUGUUUUGAUUGUUCUGCUCCUCAAUUUUCUCCAUAGGCAGUAUAUUUCGAGCGGAAUUGCAAUGCUGGGAAGCUUUGCAGGUACUCACACUUGAAGGGUGGCGUAGGGCUGCGGAAGUUGUUCAAGAGUCGAGGGAGUUGCUGAAGAGGGUGCAGAGAGAUGGCAAAAAGACCAUGCUUUUCAAGAUCGCGAAAAGCUCUUGUUUGUUUGUUGAAGGCGCAGUCUUCAGCCGAGCAGGAAAUUGGCCAAAAGCACUUAAAAGUUUGAGGCGUUCCCUGGAAAUAAUGGAAGAGCAAUUGAAUAAUCACACAAGCACUUGUAGAUGUUUGAAUGCCAUUGGAAAUUGCUACAACAGUCUGGGAAAUCCAGAGCAAGCGAUUAAGUUUUACACAAGAGCAUACGAAAUGCGUCAAAAGCUUUCUGGUUCAAGGGAACACUUUGACUUGCCUCUGUUUAGAAGUCAAAUUGGGACAGUGUAUGAAUCAAUGGCCAUUCAAGAGUACCUCAAAAACAGAACCAUGACACCCCAGGCCGAAAAAAACUUUCGCAAGGCUCUAGGAUACUAUCAAGAGGCAUUAGAUCUUGCCAAAGAACUUGAACUCACUGGGAUUCUAUACACAGCACUUUAUAACAGAAACAUUGCUAACGCUUACUCAUGGCUUAUGGAGUAUGAAAAGGCGAAGCCGUUUGCUUAUAACGGGUACCAAAUUCGGAAAGAUAUCCUUGGCAAACAUCCAUUGACUGCCCGGAGCACUUUUCAAAUGGCAGAAAAUUCCCGAGGUCUUGGGGAUUACGAUAAAGCUAAAGAAUACUACGAAGAAGCAUGGGAGAUUGAGAAAUCUCUGGGACAAGGGAACCACAGUGAAGUACGGGACAGACUGAUUAAAAGCUACGAGGGAAUGCUUCACGGGGAGAGAAAAAGGGCAUUCCAGAAGGAAGUCUUGGAGUUUUAUCAAAGAUCAUGGGACGAGGAGAAACGUUUUGAAGGGUUUCAGUUCUCUCAGGCCAACAUGGUAAUCAUCGAUUCUAUAGAAGAACGGCUUAAGGAAGAGGCUGAUGAAAAGACGAGGAGAAAAUAUGAAAACGAAGCUCUUUGGUUUUACGAAGGAGCCUGGAAUUCCCCUGACAACAAGAGGCUGCUUUAUGAGCAGAGAGAACACAUCUUACAAACUUUGUUAAGGUUGUGUCAAGAAGCUGAUAAUAAGGAACUUUUUGAGAAAUAUCGAAAGGAAUCGUUUAGAUUCUACGAAAAGAGAUGGAAAAAGACCAGUUCGGAGUUGGAGAAACAAGCCAAAAUUGACUUUCUCACCGCACUGGAGGACCUGGCCACAUCACUUGGAUAUGAAAAGAAGACAAAAAAGUAUAAUACGCUGCUAAAGGUAAGAUAGGCAACUAUAACUAAAGUGUAAGCAAAAACACCGUCAGCAACUAAUUUUCGUCACUUAAGAAAAAUAAAUCGUGUGUAAAGAGAAAGUGUUCUAAAUAAAGUGUUCUUAUUUUCAAAUAGGAAACCAAUCGGGGAGCUUCUUUUUCCUGGCGUUUUCUUAAUCCAUUUGUGAGAGCAGGUAUUUUUAUUAUUAUUAUUAUUAUUAUUAUUAUUAUGUAAUAAUAAUAGAUAUAAGGACUCAUUAUCCUAGUGUAAAUACUGAAAGUUUUAAAAAUAGCGUUUUUAACAGAUUAGUUUUUAAAUAUAACCGGGCUUUAUAGAUAUUACUUUAAUAAACGUUUUAAAUAGAUUUUUGUAACAGAUUAAUGUUAAGUAUAACCUAGUUGUACAAAUAUUAGAUUUUAGAAUUCUAUAUUUUUUUACUUGUGAUACAACUGGACUUUGCGCUUGCUUCUUAACAUUUCAAUGUAACAUCUGAUAUGUAUUUUAUCCGAUGAAUAGACUUAUUUAUUAUUAUUAUUAUUAUUAUAUUAGUAAUAAUAAAAUUAACAAUUUUUACUAAAAGAUAAUUGCUCUGUUGUCAAAUACAAUUAGAAACAAAGAUAUGGACUCGGCUGCAAGAUUUUAUAGCAAUUGGGGCAUUACGUGUAACUACUACUUACUCCUUCAUGCUUGUUACUGCGGGAUAUUUAACGACAUAUGUAUGGCUCUUCCGCAUCCAAACCUGUGAUCAAGAGAAUAUAUCUUUUUUUUUUGUUCUUAACUGAAAAAGUUUAAAUUAGUUUUCUCUAUGCCUUAAACGCGAACAUUCUACAUAUUGAUGUUUUACAGAGAAGUCUCCUGACAAUGAUGAUGAUGAUGACGACUACGAUAGUAGUGAUGAUGACGAUGACAGUGUAGAUGAUGAUUUUAAUGAAAACGACGAUAGCGGUAGCAAUGAUGAUGGCGAUGAUGGUGGUGCGAUGAUUAUAGAAGAACACGAAUUGCUACAACAAAUUCAUGAACUUAGCCUGGAGGGACAAGUGGAAGGCGUGGAUGAAUCAGACUUGGACAAAGUAAAAAUACACGAGUAUGUAUACUACUGUUCCUGUAGCCCACUGUAAGAGCACACUAGCAUAAAGAAAUCCCCGCUCCGAUUAUUCAUGCCAAUUCAUUUCUUUUCCCUGCCUGCAGAGAAAUUUCUCUAAGGGAACUCGGUUUUGUUAGAAGUUAUACAUAGGGCUUUGAUAGUAUUAGCACACAGCACAGCUUCCAAAUUUGAAACAAUCAGUUCACCGAAAGCAUUAUGUUUUCCAACUAGGAUUGUGGGUAUAACCAUCCUACGCAAGCUAUUCUAUGAGUUCGUAUUUUUUUAAACAGAAAACCACUUAUCAGGUUUCCUUUAACCCGUUUGUGCUCUUGGGAAGCUUUACAUGCAAAACGACAAGAAGGUCCGCUAAUUGAUUGGUGGUUUGAUUGAUUGGUUGACUGAUUAAUUAAUUGAUUUAUUAAUUGAUUGAUUGCAGAGGAACGCUUACUAGUGAAGGUACCCACUGGCCCCUCAAACGAGGGGACGCCCACAUUUUCUUCCUUCCUAACGCCGUGUCUGAGCCCACACCUAUAGUGGUCCAUCGAUGGAAAUGCAGUGCACGUUCGCCCCCACUGCAAGAGCACGAGGCAGUUGUCAGCAAUGUUCUUGAGAUUUCGACCAUCACUGGCCAUGAAUUAGAAUUCGACGCUGAAGCGAAGUUAGUUCUCUCUCACAGUGCCCCUUGUUUACAGGGCUACGAACUGGUGAUUAAGAAGCUGAUCGACCAGGAAAGCAAUGAAUGGGAAGAAGUGGAUGGAACUGAGGACUUGCGGUGCUGGCAAGGUUUUCAAACAUUUGCUCUUUGAAUAGUAGAAUGAUAAAACAGCCAACAUUUCCCCCGCGAAACAAUGUCUGAAGAACGACUGCAGAAAUUUCAUACUGAUGACGUGUCGCUACCCAGAUCUUUUAUCAUUGAUUUAAUAAUAAUUAAUAAAUGAUAAUGAUAAACACUGGCACUAUAUUCAUAUGUCGUUUGUUUUUCAUAUAUCAUGUUUACAGACAUCGAAGAUGACUUCCCUUCUCACCAUGACACCUCAGACUUUUCCUUUCCUAUUGCUCAAGCUGACAUAACUGAGUGCUCAACAUACGCAGUUGUUUGUCGUCUCAAGCCUUCUCCAACUUACACCAUCACAUCUAGAGGUGGCUCAUUCAGUCACCCAGACUAUCCAGGGGUGAAUAUAGAAGUCCCCAAGAAGGCUGUUCCUCCCAAAGGAAAGUUUGCUUUGGAAUUUAAGGUAAGCAAAUUGUCAGUCGAUUGAAUAUUAAGCUGUUGGUAAGGAAAUGUUUGUGUUGUUUGUUUCUACGAUGAUAUGCAGACUUAUGCGUGAGGUGUUUUCGAAUUCUCCAGGCUCAACAAAAGUGCUAGAAUGCAGAGUACCUUUUGCUGUUCCUUUAGAUGCUAAAAUUAUUAUUUCUGCUUGACUGACACAAAGUAAUCUGGUUUUUACUAGUUUUACUAGUUUAGAUGUGGCGUAAGGACAACUCUAGCCAAAUUUUCAGAAAUUAACAUUAACAUGCGAUUUAAGUUCAUGUAGUUCUGCCAUUUUUAUUACUUCAGGUGCAAGAAGUUCCAAGUGAAGAAUUUGAAGGGCAGGACUUGAUUCUUAGCCCUAUACUGCGUAUAAUCUGCAAUCAAUUUGACGAGUUCUUGAAGCCCGUCACAAUACAGUUGCCGGUGUCUCUACGAAGCGACCAGAAAGAAACUCCUGACCCCUCGACGUGUCGUGGCAGAGUAUUGUUCUUAAAUUCUGAUGGCGAAGAUAAAAAAUCGAUGGAAAUCACAGAUGACCUUAGAAGUCCUGUAAAUUUUGACGGCAAAUUUGUUUCGUUCCAGGUUGAACGCUUCUCUAGGUGAGAGGAAAUUCAUAUAUUGUUUUUCUCAUUUGAAAUGAAAAAUAUUUCUUGUGAACUGAUCAUGAACUUAUAUUUAAAUGUUAUAUGCAAGUUUCAGUGUUAAGGCUUUUAAACGUUCGUUGAUUCGCGACGAGCGUAAUAUUGCUCUUCGAACCUCUAUACCUUUAAAGGUUCUUUGUUUUUGUUUGUUUAUUUGUUUGUUUGUUUCUUUCUUUGCAUGUAGAUAUAUUACCUUCAUAGUGUAGUUAAUGUUUAUUUGCGCUUUUGUAGUGUAAAGAAGGCCAUUUUAACUGGGUCAAUAAUAAUAACGUCUUGCUGUAGUUAAAUCUUGUAAUGCAUUACGUCAUAAUGUGUGAAUGACCGUCAUAUUAUUCCCAUAAUUCCACGGGGUAUAUUUUUUCCCUUGGUGUCAACAGGUAUCUUAACCAGUGUAGUCAUUACGUAAUUUUGGUUAUUGUCUUGUCUUUAGAUACGCUUGCGGAAUUGUAUGGAGCAAAGCGGACUUCAGCUUUUCCGGACUAAUUAGUUACAUGUCAAGCCUUAUUUGGACUCCGCCAAUUCCAGCAGUUUUCUUCGCUUACUUUGAGAAACAGGAUCGUGCCCAUUCUCAAGAUGUUCUCCAUCUUAUUUGCUGUCCGGCUCACUUGAGAGAAGGAAUAAUACAAAGGCUGGACAAAAGAAACGUGGUUCUGAGUGAGGGAUAUUCACGGAAGAAGAUGAUACCUGGGCGUGACAAAGCAUUUGUAUUUGUGUCUGGAGGGAUUAGUGCACUUGAUGAAGAAAACGUGGACGAUUUUCACCUGAAGUAAGUUACAUGACGCAGUUUCUCACCAGGCAUCUUUUCUUGCAACUUGUCACCCAAUCGUGUCAAAAUAAGUUGGUUUAAGAGUUAGAACAUGUAACGUCUCAGGGUUGUUGCCUUGUUCCCUAGCAACAAGAUCAAGAUUCAAGGAUCGGGUUCUAGCCAUUUUUAAACAGACUUUUGUUUUGGUUCCUACAGAGAAAAACACGACCAAAAGCAUUAAAGUGUUUGGUUUUUGAAAAAGUUAAGCAUAGAUAUUAAGUAAAUUUACACUUGUUUCACAAAUCUGAAUUCUUUAAUAAAAUUUGAUGAGUAUGACAUAGCAGGCGCCACUGAUCAAAGCAAGAAUUAGAUGGGGGAUGGGGGGGCUCAGCCUUCUCAACUUGUCCCACUGUAGGGUGUGAAUUAUCUUUUAUAUUCAUAUGUUUUUAGGUUUGAAAGUGACCUCUGCUACAGCUGUCAUCUCCAAGUUCGUUUGAUAAGCGACCAAGUUCUAUCCCAUGUGGAAUUUCGCAGCAGCCCGGAUCCUGCAGCGAGAAACCUUCUGUCUAGACUAGACUUUAGGUUGUCUCCAUUGAAAGUUGAUCGCACGGUAAGUCCCACCAACAGGCAUUAGCGCAAAUUACGGGUUUUGUUACUAUGACAACUAAUAUGGUACUUCUCUGUUUGCGGCAGUUGCAGUUGACUGAGGAUUAGAGCAAUCUCUUUCCCAGGGUCCUCUCCUACUGAAUCGGUCUCCUGAGUGCUACGAGGACCCUGGGAACGAGGAUAAGAUUAGAGCUUAUCCGUGGACCUCGAAGAACUCAGUUCAGAAGCAUUUCUUUAUUGUUGCCUUUACCGCUUUGACAGUUUAGAACUCAAGUAAACCUCAAAAAUUAGCCUACGUGGCCAGGCGCUGGUUAGUACACACAAUGUUUCUCCUUUCGCCCAAAAUAAUCCGGCGCUUUCUACGCACGCUACUCAAAUCUUUUCUGACUAGGCUAAAGGAAUGCUGAUUCUUAAAGUUAGGUUUCUCCAAUCAUGUCUACAAAGACUCGUUCGUGUACCUGCUGAUAUACUAUUGUUCUAUAUCGCGUGAAAACAGUCAUAUAAAUCCUCCGUGAAAUUGGUGUACGAAAAGAGCUGUCUAUCAAAGUAACUAGUUUUGAGACCAGAACACGAUCACUUUGACACUUAUUUCUCAACGUGUUGGGUAAUAAGCACACUAUUGUAUCGUGAAUGCUGUUAACAGAAGAUUUCCUCAUGUUUCGGCCAUUCUGCAUCCUUUUCUUUACAGAAAACUCCAGUAGAAUUUUUUGGCGUGCCUUUGAAUGACGCACACUUACUGGAUGCUGACGUGGGAUAUGUUCUGGCAGCGUGUCGAGGUUUUGUAUCAGAUGAAUUAUAUCAAGGACAUUUUACCCGCUUAACGUCUGGAAAUCAAGCACCUACCCAAGUAUUGAAGAGUUUCUUCGAGCAUUUAGCAGAACUCGACUGUGAACACCAAGAUAGCUGUUUUGAAGCCAUUGUGAGAGUGCAGAAGGAGAUGAACGGAGAAGGAUCUGUGCAUGUAGUUAAACGUCUUCUGGAAGGUAUAGUUUGCUAGACUGAAAUUAUAUGCUUAAGUAAAAGGGACGUUACCAAAAAGGGGGACGGGGAUAGAUGACAAGAAGGGGGAACAUGGAAAAUGGGACUUGACAAUCGGUCUUAAAACCUCAGACCUAUCAAAAAUGCUAGAACCUGCUUAGUCCCCAAGAUCCAUUCCCCCUUCUCCGUUCCCCCUUCUCCGUUCCCCGUUCCUUGUCAAUUAAAGUAAUUAACAUAUAAAUUACAUACAGUGGAACCCCACUCCGCGGGCGCCCGCUUGAUGCGGAAAGCCGUGUGUCAGGCACAGUUUCGUUUGUCCCGAAGAAAAGCUCAAAUAUUUUCUUUAAAGAUACCCCACUUAAUACGGACACCGGUUAAUACGGACAACAUACACUUUUCUGUGUCCCAAGUCGCAUAUACUCUUUUAACGUCAACCCCGCUUUACAGAGGCCUGCGAACUGUCCAGCCUUGUUCCCAGGGUCCUUUCCUAUUCUUAUCGUUCUCCUCUCCUCGUCUCUCGCUCCGGGGGACGAGAAGGAUGCAAACUGACCAUUUUCCUCGACGCAAUCAUGCACUAAUGCCUCUCAAUCCUUCCUUUUUUGUUUUUGUUUCUUUUUCUUUUUUAUAGCACGUAAGAAGGUUAUUGUGCCCUUAGGAGAAGAAACAGAAGUGAUCAAGAGAGUGUCACAAAAAGUGGGAUCCUCGUGGAAGAAACUCGCAAGGGAACUUGAGCUUAAAGAAGGAACAAUUAACAAUAUAUCAGAAGACGAAAAAGAAAGCGAUGACGAGGAACGCUGCUAUGUAACACUCCAAACCUGGUGUCAGCAAAAAGGGGAAGAUGCCACCGUUAGGAAACUCAUGAUCGCGCUUACAAGAAUAGGAAAAGCAGAAGUGAACAAUGACAUAAUGGAAUGCUUGGACCUUUUGAAUCCUGUAAGUGUGUAA